CUGGUUGACCCUUCAGGAGGCUAGAAGCAUCAGGACGUCAGGGCGCAUGCGCAGUGUUUGAAAGCGAUGGCGGCGGUCACGGAAGAGGCGAUUCGGGAGAGAGUCAAUCUGCGGCAUCAGAACCUCGCUGAUGUCCGAUCAUUGUCUCUUCCUGGAACUUAUCAUGAAAAGAUUACUCAUUUAGGAAAUUCUCUGAAAAAUUUCACUCGCCUAAAAUCCUUAGACCUCUCUCGCAAUGCAUUGGUUAGCUUGGAGGGUAUUCAGCAUCUCAUAUUUUUAGAAAAGCUCAAUCUUUAUUACAAUCACAUUUCAUCACUAUCAGAAAUAUUUCGACUUCAUAGUUUAACUGCUCUCAAGGAUGUGGACCUCCGUCUGAACCCUGUAGUUAAAAAUGAGUCUGAUUAUCGUCUUUUUGUUGUGCACAUGCUUCCUAACCUUAGACGAUUAGAUGAUCGACCAGUGAGAGAUAGUGAACGAAAAGCAUCCCUUUUGCAUUUCACCACAGAUCAUGCAUUUGAGUUAAAAGAUUCUUCACCAACAGCAAAAGUGAAUGAAAUUGAAAGAUCUGGCCAGCCACGGAUAGCAUAUAUUAACUCCAUGUCAAGGAAGUGUUCAGUGAUGGAUGAAGAAGAUGAAGCAGUGCUAAACUUAAUUACAAAGUGUGAAUGGGACUUGAGCAAACCUCUUGGAAUAACAGGAUCUGCUAAAAAGGACCCUGAAGUAGAAUUUCACAGUUUACAAAGUAUUCGCAAUAUUGAAGAUAAUGUUGGCAUUACUAUGAAUAGGAAAUCUGAAACCAGACCCAUCAGCCUACAAAUGCGGAAGCAACAAGCAAAUAUGCCUAUGGAUGUUAGUUCAGAAACCAGAAACGCAUUGAAAGUUCAGGAAACGGACGAAGAGUACAGAAGUUUGCCUGAUUGUUCACCAACUCUGCCUGUUGUACAUAAUACCAUUAAGCAAGGGAAUGAGAAAAGGAAAAAUAGUACCAAAGUUACAUUUUCAGACAAUAAGAGUCAAGAUCUUCCUAAGAGAGACCCUAAUCUGAAAUUUCAAGAUGAGGCUGAAUCUUAUAAAAAAAUUACAACCCAUGCCAAUUUCACACCCCAUCCAGACUCUCAAGAAAUUUCUUCUCCAGUCCUCUCCUCUCCAAAGAUGCAUACACAGGCUCAGAAGAUUUUUAAUACAUUAUCAGCAUCUAGAUUACUUUGCAAUAGAACAUCACAUAAUGGAGGAAACCAACCAGUUCAGAACCAAACUUACUCUGCAGCUUUGCAGAAAAAUAAUGGACAACCUAAUGUUAGUGUGAAUGUGUCUAAACAAGAAACAAUGCAAGAGAGUGGCAGAAACCAUCCUCCUUCCAUUCAGGGACCUGGACCUGAAGAGCAACGGCCAAAUAGCAAAACUACAGAUGUCAGAGAGGUGUUUGAAACGCAUCAAGUAGCAACUCAGUCAGCCAAUAAACAUCUGUAUGAAGCAACACCUAUGGAACAUCUUCUGGACUUAGUGGACAAAUAUUGGAAUGGUUACAAAUCACUCCACUGCAAUGAGAAAUUUCUUUCUCAGGCAGGACCUGUUUUGUCUGCAAUGCAGAAAUCUGCACCUGCGGAUCAACAAAAAGAUUCUGCAACAAUGUGUCAGGAGGUGAAUAAUCUGCUUGUAGAGAAAAAGACUUUACAAAGUCCUUUGUCUGAACAAGAUCAGCAAUACAACAUAAAGAUUAACAGUCUGAUGUCAGAACUGAGCAACUCUCGAAAAGACAUGGAUAUCUUGAAGCAACGUUUAGACCAGUUGUUGGAAGAGAACACUAACUUAAAAGCUCAUCUGUUAAAUGUGGAACAGAAUGUGAAAAAUGCAGACAGUUCUAGUUCAUUACAUUUGCAACUUACUGAUCUGCAAAACGAGAAUCAACAGUUAAGAAGUGAAAACAUCAACUUGAAACAGCGUCUUCAGCACUAUGAUCAGAUUCAGGAGCUCACAGAGAUGUUGCAGGAAAGUCACAGAACUUUGGUUUCUACCAAUGAGCAUCUCCUGGAAGAAUUAGCAGAGACACGUACACGGCACAGGACUGAAGUUGAGCAGCUACACUGGAGUUACAAUCAGUUAAAAAAAACAAUGGAUAAACAUCCUCAUAGCAACAUGGACAACAGCAGGUGUUAGUGACAAUCCAAGGAAGUUUAUUGUAAAUGAUUUAUAAGAGGUGACACCCUUGAGUUUAUCUGACUGUGUGAGCAAACAUUUACAACUGCACCAUGAGUUGAUGUCUUUGAUACCUUUUAUUUAUUCAAAAUUGUUUUUCUGUCGUUAUGCAUAUGAAUUGUUCAGCAGAGACUUCUCCAGAACAAAUCUUCACUUUCUUUUUUACAGAAACAUGGAUGUGCAUGAUGGCAAUUUAAACCCAGUCAGAAAUUUUGGUUGAGCACUUUCAGUCCAGAACUCAGGGCUACCUAAAGCUAAAUGUGAGUUCAAAUUUAGAACUAUUAUUUUGAAAUCAGGACCUUAAGUGCCAAUGGCUGAGUUAGUUCAAAAGGACAUAGCUCAUAUUUUUAUAUAUAAAUGUAGUAUAACGUAAGUUGAAUUAUAGCACUGAUUUGUACUUAUGCGCUGGGUAUUGCUGUCCAUAUUAUCAAAUGUAAUAUUAAACAUGGUUUAGAAGGGAAACUUUUUAGGGAAAUAGAAAAUAUUCACUGCUUGCUCUUUCAAUUCCACUGUGGGUGAGCACCUGUAACAAGAGGUGAAACUUUACAAAGAAUGUAUCUGUGAUAGUCCUUUGGCCUAUGUGUGAUUGAUAGUAACUUUAGUUAUUCCAUUACAAAUAACACUAUCAAAUAUUUUCCCUAAACAGACAUCAUUGUCUAAGGCUUUUAUUUUACUCUCCAUAACUUUACUGAGUAUGAGCUGUACUCUGGUACUCUUUCACCUACUAGUACACUAAGAGUCACAUUCUCUACUGAGAUCCGCCCUCUUUGGUCUCUCAGGCAGCACAAAAAGGGCGGAUUCUAGCCAGCAGAAAAUUUCCCCGUUAAAUGUGCAUUGAAUUCUGCAGAAAAGGACCUGGGGAUUCCAGUGGAUGAGAAGCUGGAUAUGAGUCAGCAGUGUGCCCUUGUUGCCAAGAAGGCCAACGGCAUAUUGGGCUGUAUUAGUAGGAGCAUUGCCAGCAGAUCGAGGGAAGUGAUUAUUCCCCUCUAUUCAACACUGGUGAGGCAACAUCUGGAGUAUUGUGUCCAGUUUUGGGCCCCCUACUACAGAAAGGAUGUGGACAAAUUGGAGAGAGUCCAGUGGAGGGCAAUGAAAAUGAUUAGGGGGCUGAGCACAUGACUUAUGAGGAGAGGCUGAGGGAACUGGGGUUAUUUAGUCUGCAGAAGAGAAGAGUGAGGGGGGAUUUGAUAGCAGCCUUCAACUACCUGAAGGGGGGUUCCAAAGAGGAUGGAGCUCGGCUGUUCUCAGUGGUGGCAGAUGACAGAACAAGGAGCAAUGGUCUCAAGUUGCAGUGGGGGAGGUCGAGGUUGGAUAUUAGGAAACACUAUUUCACUGGAAUGGGUUAUCUAGGGAGGUGGUGGAAUCUCCAUCCUUAGAGGUUUUUAAGGGCCAGCUUGACAAAGCCCUGGCUGGGAUGAUUUAGUUGGGGAUUGGUCCUGCUUUGAGCAGGGUGUUGGACUAGAUGACCUCCUGAGGUCUCUUCCAACCCUGAUAUUCUAUGAAUAUCUUGUCUGAUUUAAAAAAAAUAGCAGUUAAUAUCUGAUGCAGCUUACUCUCUUCUGCAAUAAAAAUGGAUCAGGUAUAAUCUAUUUUUAACUAUAGUCUGAUCCAUAACUUUCUUGAAUAUUUUUCUCGUAAUCUUUUUCUAAUAAAAGAAAUUCAAAUUAUUUGAUCUCAUACUAAUUACUCAAUUCUGAUAUACAGUAAAUACAAGUCACUUUUACUAACAGCUGUUCUUGAGUGAAGCAAUAGUAAAAGUGUAUAUGUAACUUUAAAAAAUGAAGGGUUUUUUGUAGUUGGAUUAGUCAAAAGGGUUCUCUUAUACUUGAGACUUCCCAUAAGUAUUAUGUAAGAGUGUCAAGUAUCAGAGGGGUAGCCGUGUUAGUCUGGAUCUGUAAAAAGCAACAGAGGGUCCUGUGGCACCUUUAAGACUAACAGAUGUAUUGGAGCUUAAACUUUCGUGGGUGAAUGCCCACUUCGUCAGACGCUUGCCUGCAGGGGGUUGAACUAGAUGACCUCCUGAGGUCCCUUCCACCCCUGAUACUCUAUUCUAUGUGCUUUUCCUUUUUGGAAUCUUUCCAAUAAACUUAAUACAUAAACAAACCUCAAAAAUAUCAUACCUAUGUACUCAUAGCAGUCGCCUGCACGUUCAUGGUAACUUAAGCCCUCAUUAAUCAUAUUCAUCAUGUGGGCUGUCACUGGGUUAUGACUGGCAAGAAUCCUGGCUAGUCUGAAUGUGAUAAGCAGGGUUGGGUCUGGUUCCUAUUUAGAUGGAAGCUGUGGAACAAAUUCCCAUGAUGCUGCCUGGAUGUAGACAACUAGGCUGUGGGAUUGGGUUAAUAAAGGAAUGAAACUUUGAGCUUUGAACAGAAGCUUGUUUAUCUCAUUUUAUUAAAAUUGGACAAAUUUAGUCAUGGUACAAAACUAUUCAUUAAAGUGAUAUUAAACAGCUGUUUUUUUAAAAAAACUUGUUUUUUAUUGAGGGGUAGGCGAGAAGCUAAAGUUGCCUACAUGCCUAUGCUUCAAGAAAGGCUAUUGGUGAUUCAGAAAGUUGCCCUUUCCCCUUGGCUGGUACUGAACCUCUGUGUUAGCAUAGCAUUAAGAGUGCCUCGAAUGUGAAUGAAGCUUUCUUUCCAAUAUCCUGCCAGCUUACGCUCACUAUAGAUACCAUGGCCCUGUAUGCAAGGGUUGAAGGGCUAGCCCCAGCAUCCUAGUUAAAUCCCAAUUUGAAUCAUUGUCCAUCAGGACAAUUCCCCCUGCAUCUCCAUUGGUUACAGGAUUCUUCACUUCCUGUUUUAAAUUGAUGUGUAGGGUUGCUAUGUGCUGUCUUUCACCCCCCUAGAUCCAUUUCAGUGGUGGCUGAAGUGACUCCUGUAAAUGAUUUGUCUCUCUCACCAACAGAAGUUGGACCAAUAAAAGAUACUGCCUCACUCACCUUGUCUCUCUAAUAUACUGGGAGCGACAUAGCUACAACAACACAGCAUAAAUAUAAAUGAUAGUCUUUAGUGAUAUUCCAUAAUGCAUAGUGCUGUAUAAAUACAUUGUAAAUACUAAGAUAUUGUGCACAUAGUGUAAAACCAGCAGAUCACUUUUUCCUGGUGCAAAUUUCCACCUUAAUAUUAGCAUAAUAUUUACAUCUUAAUUGUCAGAGGUAAGGCCAAGGAGCACACUUUUACAAGGGCCAGAGCUCAGUAAGAGUGAUGUAAACACAUUUGCAAGAAAUUAGCCAAACCCUAUUUCUAAGCUCCCCGUGAUUGUUGCUGUUAGAGGGGAAAAGGGACUUGGGUUUCUAGCUGGGUGGAAAAGAUGGUGAAUAUGAGAAACAGGUAAACAGAAGUCAUUUCAAUUACUUUAAAUAAGGGGGUGGGGAGGAAAGGAAAAGCACAAAAACGAAGUGAAGAGGAGCAAAAGAGAAACUAGGGAAGAAAAGAAGUCUCAAUGCCUAGAAAUUCCCUGUCGUCUGAGGGUAUGUCCUCACAGUAUAGUUAGCUCAGGUUCUUAGUCAGGUGUUGCCCCCUCUCAGCUACACGCACAUCUCACCUGAGUUUAGUGGUGCUUGCAUUCAGGCACAGCUGGGAGCAUGGGUUAGAGCUUGCUUUCAUUCUGGGUGGUAACCAGCCAUCUUUGCUGUGAGCAUGCAAACUGACUCACUUCAGCACUGAUAGUCCUCCACUGCCUUCCCACAAUUCCCUCCAUCUGCCCAGAAGGACAACCAAGUUCGCCCAUAAUUCACUAGGAAAGAAUCAUAGCACUUACAGCAGCACAAAGAACCAUGAGCUAUGCCUCCAGAAGCUAGAAUGACAAAUGGAGAAGUGCAGCACCAUUGAUGACAGAGUAACUGGGGUAUGGCUUUGAAUUGUGGCUGCUCGCACCUGGGCUACACUAACUCAGGGCCUCAGACCCAAGUGCUGAUCACUUAAGGUACCUGUGUAGUGAAGACAUAUGUUAAUGAUAUGAAAACAAAUAGAAAAAUAAGAAUCAGCAUCUAAGCCAAAAUGAGAUGUAGCAUAAGCACUAUUUUCUGCCAUCAUUUCAUGGCUUAGGAAAGGGAAUUGCUCCUGUCCAUCUCAUCUAUGUAAUUUCUUCAAUCCAUGGACUGAGUUGGGGAACUAGACCAGGGAUAUACAACUGGAGAAACAAGAAGCUGCAGCGGAGCUAGUGAGUUAGGCACACUUGCCCAAAGUGUUCCAGCUACAGUAACAGCUAAAACUUUACCUUUGCGUUUGUGCUUGCAGCAUCCUUUGAUGUUGAAUGAUUUUUGUAUUUGCAAUUAGAAAAACAAACAGCCAAAAAUGUGCUAUCUGCAUAAUGUAUUCUUGAAUGCAGAAACUCACGAGCGCAAAGCACAUUUAUGGCAUACGCGUUCACUGAAUGGUCAACAUGGUCUGGCCAGAGAGGCAGGUGUACUAAGCACCAGCCUACUUUUAAAUGAUUCUAUACAACUCCACCAACAGUUCUAGGCAUUCUAAGCUGACUAUAAAUAAACCAGCAGAUGAGAUCAAAAGGUGAGUGGGCUCUAGCAAGGGAGCUAGUUUGCUAAAUCAGCUUUCAGAUAACACACAACAGUUAUUAUAGGACAAGCACAUUUUGGCCCCAAAUGCCCUUUGACUAGGAAUGGCAGGGUGGACUUCGUUUGGGCUUAUUGUGCUAUAUAAAAAUGUCCCACUUAUGAAGGUCAUUUAUCAUUGAAAUGUUCUCAUUUUUCUAAAAGUGAUUCUCUAUUGCCACAUUGCCUUGGAUACAUAAACAGUACACACCACUUUUGCCUUAUCAGUAUUUAAUUAGCAGAGUCAAACAAAUAUUUAUGUAGUUAGUUGUGAGGGAAAUAGUCUGUGCUGGCCAAAUUCUGUGUUACGCCUGCACAAUCCCACUGAAGUCAUAGUGUUUGUAAAGCUGUAUAAGAGGGCAGGAUCUGGCUUAAUGCUUUUGCCACAGCCCCAGGCAGGCUUCCUUUGCUGGCUAACCCCCAGUCUGCUGUGAGGAACCCACCCUCUGGGGUCCCAGGUAUUUUAAACCCCUGGAGGCCAGUCAUUGUCUCAGUCUUGGGGUCCCAAACCCUCUGUCUAGCACUCCCUCCUGAGAGCUGGAACCUGCCGUUAAGCAUAUGCUUAAGCGCUUUGCUGAAUAGGGAUGGAUUUAAGAAAAUGCUUUAAGUUAAGCACAUCUGUGCUUUGGUGAAUUGGGGCUGUGGUUACUAUGCUGCUAUCAUAACCACUUAAAAGAUGUUUGUCUAGUUUUAGAGCCUUCGGGCUCAGAUCAUUUCAGUCUCAUGAACACAUUUCAGCCUUAUACACUCUGUACCUCAACCAGAUGGGUAUGCCAUAAUGCAGGGGUUCUCAAACUGCAGGGCGGGACCCCCACAGUGGUUGCAAUCCCAUUGUAAUGGGGUCGCCAAGGCUGGCGUUAGACUUGCUGAGGUCCAGAGCCCAAGCCGAAGCCUGAGCCCCACCGCCCAGGGCUAAGGUUAUAUGCCCCUGCCCAUCUUUGCCCUCCCCCCCAACUCAGGGUGGUGGGGCUCAGGCUUUAGUCUCCCCCUCCUGGAGCUGUGUAGUAAUUUUUGUUGUCAGAAGGGGGUCAUGGUGCAAUAAAGUUUGAGAACUGCUGCCAUAAUGAACUUGAGUUGAUUUAGCAGUAUCAGGCUAAUUAAGGAGUCCAUCUCAGGGCUACCCACAGCCCUGGUGCAGUAGGGGAGGAACCAGAACAUCAUGCACUCUGAAAAUGAAUUUGGCAUAUGAACCCUAGAGCACUGGAGCUAGCAGCUGUGGUUUGGCUCAGCCCCCAGCUUGCUCUAAGAUGUUCGUGGGGCUGGAGUCAGGGGGAUAAUCAUGGAGCCAUAACCAGCUCUCUGACAGAUUCCCCCUCUCUGAUGCAGCCCACAGAAGCUAGAGCACAGAGAAUCUGGCCCAGAUAAUUUUACAUAUUUUAAUUAAAUAUUACUAUGUCACAUACACAGUAUACAUAUCCUGCAUGCACAUAUACAUACAUGGAAUUACACAAAUACAUAAACACAGCUCCUUGAAAUGGGCCACUGAAAAUCCCAGGCUUAUUCUGUCAAAGGAUGGUGCAGGCCAUCCUCUUGAAAUUCUGUGGGAUUUGGACCCUCAGCUCAAUUGGGCUCCUUUGAAAACCCUAGCCUUAAUUUCUAGAUUCCCAGUAAACUAGAGUAGUGGACUGUAAAACACCCUUUCUUUAGAGGUUUUUGAGUUAAAAAAACUGACCUUUCCAUCCAAAAAAAAAAAAAAAAAAAACUCCAAAAAGUCAUGUUUUAUUUGAUUUCUGCUGUUCAGGUGACCAACCAUACAUGUUUAGGGAUCACCAACUUCACAAACGACGGAGUUCUUUGGGGCAGUCAUGUUGGGUCUGAGGCCUCUAUGGAGAGAGAAGGUCAUCGGAGGUUUUCAGUUCUACUUAUCAGAUUUUAGCCAAAGACAUUUCCAUAGGUGUGUUUAUUGAGGAAGUGAUUGCAAAAAUAACAUUCAUUCCCAUAGUAUGUAUGGGACAAUUCAGUGGUAUGUUGCACUAUAACAUGUUCAAUCAUAGAUUGAUAUUAGUAUUGUGAUAAAGUAGGAAAGUACCAUGUACAGCUUCCACCAUAGUACUUCUACAACUCUUAAACAGCACAACGUUAUUGUGAUAUUAUCUGCUAAUACUGUUUUAGUGUAUGUUCUGAUAAAAUAGCUUCAUUCUAUUACUUUUUAUCAUACAACUGCGAGGCAUUGAGGAAUAUUUAUAUUUAUGGAUAAAGGCUCUGUGAUUAAGUUAAAAACCUUAUUGAGCACAGACUACUUUUUUUGUUUAAAAUAAAACUAAAUAAUGUUGCAAUGUUAAAAAGUCAUUGAGGGCGAGCAAAUGCACCAUUGAUAGAUAGUUACAUCUGCCCAA